ACAGAAAGAAGGCAAGAAGCACGCCACUGCCCACUGGGAUCUCUGCUGAAUGCUGACGCUGCCUCUGCAUGGAUUCAGAGCUCCUAGCCAUCUGUUGACUGUUGCCUUCCUGUAUUGCCUCAAACCUCUGCAUGAUUGCGCUGUGAUUGAUUUGCUUUGAGGCAAAUCAGUUGAUCGGGAUUUGCUUCGCAGCACGGCAGAAUCCCGUCAACAAUCAGUGGAGCGCCUCAUCUUCUUCUGCAACAAAAUCACUUGCUGCCAGCUCUGUUGAUUACGCAGUAGUAUUUGUUAUUGUGGCAUCAACUAACCACGGAGUUUAGAGCUCGAGAAGGACGAUCGUGGCGCCAUUGUUCGUCCCGGCUCAGACCUUCGUCGCCAUAAAUACAUGCUUUCCACGCGCUGGCGCGACUCUACCUCUGCUAAAAGCUGUUGCAGGGUUGGGGUUGCUGCCACCCACACUCCAUUCCCAUGUCGCUUUUCCGCACCAUCUCUUCUCGGUAGCCAUCUCUUCAAGGAAAGGUUCCUUAUCUUUUCUUCUUUCCUUGGGAGCCGAGAACCGGGACCGGUGCUUUCCCUUUCCCCACCUUGUCUUGCAGCUUCCAAUUGAUCCGUCGAUCGAUCGGGCGGUAGUGGCGGUGGUGCAUUUCUGGAUGGGGCUGCUCUUCUUGGAGCGGCUGGAGGGGGAGGGCGUGUUCAGGUGCCGGCGCUGCCGAGUUGACGCCGCCUCCAAGGACGCCAUCAUCUCCAGGGACUUCUACGGCCGCUCCGGCCGCGCCUACCUCUUCGACCACGUUGUGAACAUAUGCCUAGGCCCUAAUGAGGAUCGAUAUCUUGUAACCGGACUCCAUACUGUGAAUGACAUCUACUGCAGCUGCUGCCAACAGAUUCUUGGCUGGAGAUAUGAGAAAGCCUACGAGCAAAGCGAGAAAUACAAAGAAGGGAAGUACAUCCUCGAGAGAGCCAGAAUGGUGAAAGAUGGGUGACGAUCAUUCGGAUGUUCUUACUACUAACAUCCUGGAAGCAGAAGAAUCCCUCAAUUCGCAUGCCUCAGAACAUUUGACGCCUAAUUCGCAUUCCAAUUAGGAAUGUCACUGGUUGCAGAUUCUUUGAUUUGUAGAAUAUUACUGACUCUAAAUGCUCAUAGCUUGUUAGCAGUGGUAAUAUUUGGUGAAAUAUUGAUGACCCGAUGAAUUGAAACGAAGCUGAUUUAUCUCUAGUAA